AUUGGCUCCUUUCAAUCACAUGACCAAAACACUAUCAUGGCUGCCAGUACGGCGGCCAGGAUGAGUGUGGGGUUGACUUUGAUAUUUUCCCGAAUUAAUACAGGGUUUAAUUUCUGUAAUUUACCCAGGUUAAAUACCUGCGCGCAUACAAACCUUGGGUCGACGAAGGGAGGCAUCUUUGAUCCUUUUCGAAACCUCUACCGAAGCGUGCAAACAUCUAACUGUGUGUAUUUCAGCGAGAGCGUGAACACUAGUGCAGAAGACUCUGAAGAUACUGUUAAUGUGGUUUACAUCGACCGGUCGGGGAAGAGAAUCCCAGUCAAGGCCAAAGUGGGAGACAAUGUACUCUUCCUGGCUCGCCAGCAUGGAAUAGAAUUAGAAGGAGCGUGCGAAGCGUCUCUGGCCUGCUCCACGUGCCACGUCUACGUGAAGGACGACUACUACGACAAGCUCCCCCCGCCGGAGGAAAGGGAGGAUGACAUGCUGGACAUGGCUCCAGUGCUGCAGGAGAACUCGCGACUGGGUUGCCAGAUCAUCCUCACCCCUGAGCUGGAUGGCAUUGAACUGACGUUGCCUAGGGUCACACGCAACUUCUACGUGGAUGGCCACGUGCCCGCCCCCCACUGAACUUCAAACUGAAGCUUGAGUGUGCUUUGUCUGCCUCUGGAGGCGGCGGAGGUAAUCCUUGCCUGAGCACGCCUUCUGAGUGUCCAUGUUGUAUGUACACAGCCAAUGACGCACAGCAAAUCAGCCCCUGGUGUUGAGUGGCUUGGGCCUGCCACUGACAACCUGUAGUCGCCCGUCGCCUUUGUUAAGGUGGCCCCUGCCGCCGCCUGCCCUCGUACUGCUGUGAGCUGGGAGAUAGUCAUCCCGAGUCCCUUGUCUGUGGUUUAUUUAGCUCUGUAUCCAGUGUGCUUUCAACAUGGCAAAUUAGCUACUGUUAGCUGACUUUCACAAACUAAUUGUUUUCAGACUGUUCCUUAACUUUCACUGAUGUUAUGGAACAGUCUGAAAAGGCAGUAUACAGAUGAUGCCGAGGGGAACAAUAAGGCUGUUAACAAUUAGUUUAAAUAAAUGUAGUAUUUAUUUUUUAAAACAAACCAUGUAUAAUCCUUACUUAAAAUUGCUCUCCUUCUCGUCCAUCUUAUUGAAAUCACUGUCAUUGCUGAACCGUGCUACAAAGGAAGGGUUUGCCACUGAUGUUCCUGUUGAAUGCACAGCAGGUACUACACAAUCAAACAGCGCAGACCAAUAGAGACAGCAGGCAGGAUUACUCCAGUGUGAUCGUGAUUGCGGUCUGUUCAUAACAAAGGUAGAGAUCUUUGUCAUCGAGAUCCAAUCUGGAGCCUGAAUCAUCCAAUCUGGAGCCUGAAUCAUCCAAUCUGGAGCCUGAAUCAUCAAAUCUGGAGCCUGAACCAUCAAAACUGGACCCUGAACCGUAACCUGACCAAGACUCGUGACCCUUUCAUGUUGCCUUCCACAGUGCCACAGUAGUCUGACCAAGCAAUCAGCACGACCCUCAUAUUGGGUUUGAAAGCUCAGUCCCUGUGUACGCUGUUUUUUUUGUUGGUGCGCUUCUCCCCUGUUAGGAAUGCUCAGUCAUGCACAGCCGCACUCGUGCCGCAGUCUUCACAGCAGAUGUCAGAGAGCGUACACAAGCACACGCUCUCCUCUGAAGCAUGUGAUAUCACCAACUGCUCAUUUCCAGAGGCAGUCGUUCAUGUGCAGCUUCGCCAAGCAGACCACAGGCACCUGAUUGGACGGUGGGCGGUCGCUAGAGAGCAAUAAGAAACAGAUCCUAGUUGACUGAACCCUCCUUUACCCUUAGCUGUGCUACUGGCAAUUAUACAUCACCUUAUUGGUCUACCAGCCACCGUAGGCACUGGCAUGGUCAGGAUUCGAACCUAGAUCAUGGAUUCUUGCUUUAGAUCACAAACCCACAAGUGGCCCUAUAUUAGCCAUGGUAAAUCCAGCUUGUUCUCAGAAACUUCUGUAGGCUUACAAAAUAUGCUUAAUUGCAUAAGCCAACUGUCAGGUCCAACAGAAAAUACACAAUAACUGGAAUAAUAUAGAAAAAACCCCAGAAAGUGAAUUGUUCAUUUAAUUGGCAUUUGACACCUUGAUGUUCUAGGUGUCAUCAAGCUGGCUGUUUGAUCACAAGACCAGGUGUUAAUGUUACUCACUUAUCAUAUAACAGCUGUACAUCAGUUAUGUCAUUAUAUCAGUUCAAGGGUAACCCCUUCACUUUUUUGGUUGAUUUCCGAUGUCACUCUCAGGACACAGAUGCAUAACCGAUACCUAUUGUGGAGUGUGCAUCUUAAAAGGUCAAGGAAUGCUGCAGGUUAUCUUUCUGAAGAACAGAUUUGCACCUGAUACCAUUGAUGAGGUCACUUCCUGUCCCUAUAGACCUGAAAUGAAUCAAGGUGGAACAAUAAGCUAGGCAGAGGUUCUAAAAGAUUAAGUGUUUUCAAUUAGUGUGGUGCAUCAAAAGUAUCAGUCUCUAUAUUUUCUCCUGCAUUUUGAAUGAAUAGGUGCAUUUCACUAGCAGAGUAGCUGGGAUAUGCAAAAAACUGGUCUCACAGGCAUAGGGAUUCUUACUUCUGCAGGUGUACUUGCAUAGGAUUUACCAAUGGCUUGGCCUUCCCUUAACGUACUGUACAUGUCAGAACCACGCACAAAUGUUUUUGUUAAUGUAUUGUACAUUUUUUUAUUUGUAAAAAUAAAUUGUACUACAUAUUAUAUUAAA